CCAGGUACAGCAGCCCCAGGAGGCGCCAGGUGACCCCGCAGGUGACCCCGGGGGGGGAGGGGGGAGGGGCGAGGUGACGUCAGAGCCGUUCCAGGAAAAAGCGGGAACGGCCGAGCCGGGAGCACCUGGGGGAGAGAGCGCAGCUCAGCCUGUUCCGAGACCUCACCUGGCCACACCUUCUCACCUGUGCCUGGCCUCACCUGGACUCACCUGCCAUGAGGAUUUGGGGGCCCCGUUACCUGCGGGCCCACCUGGGGCUGCUCCUGCACCUGGGGCUCUGCGGUGUGCCGCCAGGUGAAGCCGUGCCACACACAGGUGAGACCCUGAUACCCUCAGGUGAGCCCGAGGAGGGCCAGGUGCGCCUGGCCGGGGGCCCGCACAGGUGCGCGGGGCGCGUCGAGGUGUUCCACGCGGGCAGGUGGGGCACGGUGUGCGACGACGCCUGGGACCUGGCGGACGCGCAGGUGAGCUGCCGCCAGGUGCGCUGCGGCCCCGCCCUGGCGCUGGCGGGCUCAGGUGAGUUCGGGCCAGGUGAGGGCCCCAUCUGGCUCGAUGACGUCACCUGCACGGGGGAGGAGGCGGCGCUGGAGCUUUGCCCCGCCCACACCUGGGGAGAGCACAACUGUCACCACGGGGAGGACGCAGGUGUGGUGUGCGCAGGUGCUGAUCCCUCACAGCACCCCCAGGUGAAUCCCCAGGUGCAGCCCCAGGUGCAGCCCCAGGUUUAUUCUGAGGUGAUCACUCAGGUGCAUCCCCAGGUGCGCUCACACCUGGACGCUCAGGUGCAGCCUCAGGUGGAUCCUCAGGUGAAUACCCAGGUGGACACUCAGGAGCGGUUGAAGGUGCGGCUGGUGAACGGCUCCUCCAGGUGCGUGGGCAGGGUGGAGGUGCUGCACAAGCACAGGUGGGGCUCCGUCUGCGACGACACCUGGGACCUAGCGGAUGCACAGGUGAUCUGCCGCUCCCUGGGCUGCGGCGCCGCCCUGGCCGCACCUGGCCACGCCCGCUUCGGGCAGGGCCCGGACCCGAUCUGGCUGGACGGGACGCACUGCACAGGUGAGGAGCUCACCUUGGCCCAGUGCCAGCUGCACACCUGGGGCGAGCACAACUGCGGCCACAGCGAGGACGCCGGCGUGGUGUGCUCAGGUGCCGACCCCCCCCAGGUGCGGCUGCGGGACGGCCCCGGGCCCUGCGCGGGGCAGGUGCAGGUGCAGCUGAACCACACCUGGCUGCAGGUGUGCGGCCUCACCUGGGGGCUGCCCGAGGCGCAGGUGCUGUGCAGGCAGCUGGGCUGCGGCCCCGCCCUCAGCGCACCUGUGGGGCCGCACCUGCCGGGCCAGCCGCACCUGGCCGGGCUCACCUGCCAGGGCUCCGAGGAUUUCCUGCUCGAGUGCCGCGGGCUCCAGGCAGGUACCUGUGCCACAGGUGUGGCCGUCGUGGCCUGCGCCGAGCUGCCAGCCCCACCCGACUCCUGCUCGCUGCUGGAGGUGCUGCUGGGGGUGGGGGCGGGGCUCAGCGGGGCCCUGCUGGGCCUUUACCUGUGGGCCAGGUGCGCCCGCCCCCGCCCGGCCCGGCGCCGCGCAGGGGAGCCGCUGCUGCCAGAGGAGCCCCCCGAGCUCACCUGAGCUGCAGGAACCUGCUCGCCCCCAAAUCCCCUCCAGAUUCCCGUGAAAUGCCCCCCAAAACCAGUAAAAACCAGUAAAAACCAAUAAAACCAGUAAAAACCAGUAAAAACCAAUAAAACCAGUAAAGGCCGAGAGCUCGGGAACGGGCGCGGG